CACAAUAGUAUAGAUCGGACGUUAUACAAAUUAGUAGAUAAGAAGAACUGAAACAGAACAUUAUUGGCAUUAUCACAGCUUCCACGCUGUUAUUACUGUCGUGAUAACAAAGAGCUUGAUAACUAUAAUGUUUUAUUCACAAUCCUAAGGCAAUUACAGCAGUUCAGCAGAUCAAACUAAAACUUAGCUCCAAACAAACCCAUAAUCGUUGCUUUAAAUUGUCAAAAGAAUAAAGAAGCGUAUUGCAUGUACAAAUAUUUCGGGUAGUUUAUGUAUAAAUAUAUCAGAGAAAAACGAAAACACUUUAUAUGAAUACGAAAAUAUGGUGAACCAUUGAAACACUCACUGGUUAGAAGCCUAAUAUUACUAAAGACUUGAUGAAGCAAACAGGAAAAUUAUAGUUCAAGCGAUGCGUGCUUCACUUUAGUUUCGUAGUUAUGUAUUUAUUACGUACAUCGAUAAAUUGUGCUUUUUUUUCUUCUUGUAAAAUACAUUUCGUUUGUUUAUUUAGAAUUAGUGUAACCCUAUACCCUAUACAGCAACUAGAUAUUAAUUGUAACACCAUAUGAUACGUUUCGUUUUUAUGUGUUUAUUACGUACAUUGAUAAAUUGUGCUGUUUUUCUGAUAAAAUGUACAUUUUGUUUAUUUAAAAUUAGUGUAACCCUAUACAGCAAAUAAAUAUUUUUCGGAUCUACCAUAAGAACUUAAAUCAAUACAUUUUAAAAUGUUGGAAAUGGAAAAUAUGUUGAAGUUGAGCCGGAGAAAAAUGUACCUAUCGUUUGGCUUAGUUGCAUGUUUAAGUAUCAUUUACCUGCAGACAUACUUAUCCCCUCGUACUGCUUUACAAGCAGAAACACCUUUAUUUAAAUAUCAUGAUGCAUUUAGAAACCCAUUGGAAAAUUAUAAACAGGGUGUAAGAUGCAAUGAUAGUUUGCUAGCUGCUGAAGUAUCGAGCUCCGUAAUUCAUUUACAAGGUAAAAGUUCAGUCGUUCUUGGAGAAUAUUUUCGCUUUUCUGUUGAAUUGUACAAUGGAUAUGGCAAACCCAAGGUAACUGGAGGCGAUCAUUUACGAGCACGACUAUUCAAUGACCGCGUAAAAGCAUACACACCUGGUACUAUUUUUGACCAUGGAAAUGGCACAUACACAGCAACAGUUCAAGCACUAUGGAUUGGACAGGCUCAGUUACAAGUUGAAGUGUUGUACACAAAAGAAAUACUUACCGCUGCAGUCCGUUUAAGGAAUAUAUGGGACUUUGACGGCAUCAAUGCAAUAUUUACGUACAAGAAUCUUUCUGACAAAACAGCAUGUGGUCCAGAUUAUAAAAUAAUAUUAAAAACAUUCUAAAACAUCAAAAGUAUGCGAUUUUUCUUACUGGAACAAAUCACGACCAUGGUUUUGCGGGAGUCCGAAAGGGAAACUUUCAUGUAAUCAUUGGUCAUCCGUUACUCGCCACUGGACAAACUACACCAGAGGAAUAAGUAAAUGCGAGGACGAGUUGAGUAGAAGUGAUCGCCACACGACCAUACCACGAAACAUAACCGUACAAAUACUGCCAAGAACUAAUGAUGCAAACAAGACUACGUUUCAAGAAGCCUAUAUACCUUGUUCUAUUUUCAAUAAAACUAAAUUAUGGUUCAAAGAAAAGCCUACAGGAUAUUUCUACAAUAACAGAUGGAUUCUUUCGCAUUGUAAA